CGCGCACAACAAAACAGUCGGCAAUUGGUGACCGUAAAGAACGAAUGUUUACGAUUAAGUUGUGCUUUCAUUAAUGCCGCGUUUGAGAUUUCCGACUCGAGAGCUUGAUUUGGAAAAAAAGCGAACGCAAAGUGAAAUAAAAAUAGAUUGAGAGACCAAUUUAUUUGCUUACAGAGCAUCGUCCGCUUGAUUAAUGGUACGGUUUGGAACUAUCGUAGUGCGGACACUCGCCUUUGUGCGUCACGCGUCAUCCGUCAUACGCUGAUAAGCGUCGCUUCCAUUGACCAACACUUUCGUUUAUCAGCAGCGCGUAUUUUCAAAUAAGAAAAAUAAAAGCGAAAAGCAACAACAAACGCUUCGUAUCAAUCCGUAUAAUGUUGGUCAGUGUCACGCUGUGUGGGACCAAACGGUAAUCGCAGUCAAUGUUUAAUCGUGAAACAACCGAGUUGUGAAAAACAAUUUGUAUAUUGUGCGCUCGAAAUUGCCUUAAGAAAAGUGAAGCGUCGAAAAGUGAUUUCCAAAAACUCGCGUGCCGUAGCAUCAAAUAUACAUACAACAACAAGUGGCGAGGCGAGCCCCUUUUUGUUCGUCAACAAUCACACUUAAAUAGCUUGCAUACUGAUAAAAGAAAAGACAAAAACAAAAACCUCACAACCAACAAACAGACUUCCAGCUCGAAUCUUGUCGUCGCAGCGUUCAGUUUUAAGUUGCCCGCCACGCGUUCGACAACAACAUGUCACGCUUCAAAAGUUUUGUACUCAUAUUCGCGCUACUCGGUGUCUGCUUGGAUAGCAAAGCCCAGGAGGCGAGUACUUGGUCGUUGAGUUUUGGUGAUAUCUCGUUGUUCAAUCUGCCGCAGCUCGGGCGCUCGUUCGUUGAAGCGGUUGGAUCGGUUGGUGUGGUCACUGAGAAUCCUUUUAACAUAGUGGAUAUUUUGAAACGUGGUACGGGUGCGAAUACAAACGUUCCAGAGGAUGCACAUCUGAAAACGCCGGAAUUAAUAAAGAAAUAUGGGUACCCUGCGGAAAUCCAUCACGUGAUCACCGAUGACGGUUACAUAUUGGAGCUUCAUCGAAUUGCUCGCGCAGACGCUACGCCAAUUUUGCUGAUGCACGGUUUAUUAGACUCGUCGGCGACAUGGGUUAUGAUGGGACCCGAUAAGGGACUUGCAUAUCUACUCUACGAUUCCGGCUACGAUGUAUGGAUGCCAAAUGUUAGGGGCAAUACGUACUCACGCAAUCACACCAAGUACAGCACGAAGCAUGCUAAAUUCUGGGAUUACACAUUUCAUGAAAUGGGCAAAUAUGAUCUGCCCGCAAGCAUUGAUUACGUUUUGGAACAAACGGAACAUGAUCAAUUACAUUAUAUAGGUCACUCACAGGGCACCAUGACCUUUUGGAUAAUGUGCAGUGAACAUCCUGAGUACAGUGAGAAAAUCAUUUUGAUGCAAGCAUUGGCCCCAGUAGCUUAUAUUAAGCAUAGCAAGAGUCCGGUGGUGCAGUUUUUGGCCUUCUUCCAGGAUCCCCUCAGUGUGCUCUUAAAGCUGAUUGGCGCGCAUGAGUUUCUGCCUGAUAACGAGUUCAAGACAAUGUUCAGUCAGUUGAUCUGCGAUGAGGACAAUUGGACGUUGGAGAUUUGUACCGAUGUGUUAUUUUUGAUUGUUGGUUUCGAUAAAGCACAGGCCAAUGAGACAAUGCUGCCAGUCGUCCUCGGUCACUCGCCUGCUGGCGCUUCUACCAAGCAAAUGCAACACUACGGUCAAUUAAAACAGUCGGGACACUUCCGUCAAUUCGAUCAUGGUUGGAUACGAAAUUACUGGAUAUACAACAGUGUGACACCACCGGAAUAUAACUUUGCGAAUGUCGGCAACAAGGUGGCGCUUCAUUAUUCCCAAAAUGAUUGGCUGGCCACGCCACUCGAUGUAGAACACUUGCAUCUUCAGCUGCCGAAUGUAGUCGGCAAAUUUUUGGUAAGCUACCCAAACUUCAAUCAUUUGGACUUUGUUUGGGGUGUCGAUGCACGGGAGCUGCUUUAUGAUCGUGUCUUGCGACUAAUGAGCUUAGUUGAACGUGGAGAACUGUAAAAUGCAUUAUUACAAAUUAACGUUGUAGAAAACUGUGAACUCAAGCGGAAUUGAGUGGUUGCUUGUACCUAAAGUUAUACGUUAAGUAUAGAAUAUCUUCUAUACAGGUAUUAUAGUUAGUGUAUGGUAUAAAAUA